GCAUAGCUUUUAUAUUUUCUCAUCCUGUACACAAAAGAUUCUUGCCUUUUGCCUAGAUUAAUGCUUUCCAUUAGGAUAAUGGGAACUUGGUCCAUAUCUCUUUGGUUUCUUCCUCUGUUCUCUUUACUAGCUUCUGGUAACUCAUCUGCCCAUUUCAUACCAAUAAGAUUCCCAACUCGAAUCGCUCAGUUUCAGGCAGAGAAUAAGGUCUCUGUUUCUACUCCAAAUGGGUUGUACAAAGAGAAAUUCUUCACUCAAAUACUUGAUCACUUCAAUUUCAACCCCAAGAGCUACCAAACAUUUCAGCAGAGAUAUUUGAUUAAUGACACUUUUUGGGGGGGGCCGGAGAAGAAUGCUCCAAUCUUCUUAUACUCAGGAAAUGAGGGAGAGAUUGAAUGGUUUGCUCAAAAUACAGGAUUCAUGUUUGACAAUGCACCUCGCUUCAAAGCCCUUCUUGUCUUUAUUGAGCAUAGAUUCUAUGGAAAAUCCAUGCCUUUUGGAGGUAAUAAAGAUGUUGCUUACAGCAAUUCAAGUACUCUUGGUUACCUGAGUUCAACUCAGGCCCUGGCAGAUUAUGCCACUCUUAUCACUGAUCUAAAGAAGAAUUUGUCUGCAACUGACUCCCCUGUGGUGGUUUUUGGAGGUUCCUAUGGUGGAAUGUUGGCUGCUUGGUUCAGACUGAAAUAUCCUCAUGUUACCAUUGGAGCCUUGGCAUCUUCUGCACCAAUUCUUGGCUUUGUGAACUUGACUUCUCCAUAUAGCUUCACCAGAAUUAUCACUCAAGACUUUAGAAAUGAGAGUGAGAACUGCUACAAAGUGAUAAAAGGAUCAUGGCAACAAAUUGAAGACACAGCAAGUCAAAAGGGAGGACUUGAAAAGCUGAGAAAGUCUUUUAAAAUAUGCAAGAAUUAUAUUAGUGCAGGAGCUUUGGAGAGUUGGCUUUCCACCGCGUGGACCUACACAGCCAUGACUGAUUAUCCAACCCCAUCCAAUUUUUUAAACCCCAUGCCAGCCUAUCCAGUGAAACAGAUGUGCAAGGCGAUCGAUGAUCCAACGACCGGAAAUGAUACAUUUGCGAAACUACACAGUGCGGCUAGUGUUUACCGUAACUACACUGGAACCGCCACGUGUUUCGAUCUCGACGAUAAUUCUGAUCCUCACGGCCUCGGUGGAUGGACUUGGCAGGCAUGCACAGAGAUGAUACUUCCAACAGGAGGCAGCGAUGAGGAAAGCAUAUUUCCAGCUUCCGAGUGGGACUACAAUGAUAGGGCCACUUUUUGCAAAUCUUACUUUGAUAUUGAGCCUCGACCCGACUGGAUUCCCAUCGAGUUUGGUGGCCAUAAUAUUAAGAGGGUGUUGAGAAGGUUUGGAAGUAAUAUCAUAUUCUUUAAUGGGUUAAGAGACCCUUGGAGUAGUGGAGGGGUCCUAAGUGAUAUAUCCAAGAGCAUAGUUGCCAUAGUAGCAGAAGAAGGAGCUCAUCAUGUAGACUUGAGAUUUGCAACUAGUGAAGAUCCAACAUGGCUUCAAGAAGUGAGGAAAAGAGAGAUCAAGAUCAUUGCUCAAUGGCUUUCUGAGUACUACCAGGAUUUGGCCCUCACUUAUUCCUAAGUCUUUAUAUCAACCCAUGGAGACACUAUAAUACAACACCCACAAAUAAAUCCUUGAUUUCAAAUUAGUCAAAAUACUUGAUUAUAUAAAAUUUUUUCUCCGUCGUUUAUUUCUGAUUCACACCAAAUUUACGUUAAUAUAUUUCAAUAUUAUAUUUGGA